AUGUGGAGAUGGUGGCGUGAUAAGCUGUGGGAGUACAGCAAUGUUCCUGCCAAGAAGUGUUUCCUGAUGAAUCCCAACCUCUCAUUACAGAGACAAGUUAAGACUAGCUUUGGUCUGUUGGCCAUCUUUGGAGUGGUCUCGGUCAUGAUCUUUGCCAUUACCACCACCAUUUAUGCAGGACGAUCGGUACAAGAGCAUGCUCAAAAGAUCAUGCGGGAUCAGGUCCUUAUCAAUAUACGACAAUCGUCCCAUAUGGCCGCCAAAACGCUCUCGGAAGAAUUCGAUCACUUACGAGGCACUACGUCCAUUCUAGCGGAAUUGGUACGAGACCGAAUUGUGGGAUAUCCCAACGAUGGAUGGGAAGAUGAUCUCCAUGUCCCAUUUCCAGUACAACAACAAGACAGCAAUGACAACAACAACAACAACAACAACAACAACAACCCCCAACAAAGAGCAAACCAAUACCCACUCAAAUCGCCACUCUUACCCCGAGACUGGAACAUCACUCGAAACCUAAACGCUACAAACCUCCUAGAGCAUCUACAGGAACGGGCUUACUGGGUAUUGGACAGAAGAGGAGAGAAACCUCCACAACAGCCACAAUCACACAAUCAACAACAGCAACACUUGAUGUCUCUAGCGACUACCAGUUCCGUCUUUUCCUUUCAGGGGAACUGUGACCCUUCUGUCUACAGUCCCGCAGACCCGGCCUACUAUCCACGCUGCACGGAUGCCAACAACAAUGCCAGUACAGGAGGAGUCGUCUUUCCCACCACUACAGCCGCUGGA